AUAUAUAGAUAUGGCAUCUUGGAAAAAGACCAUUGCAUCUCCAUUCAAGAAAGCUUGCACUUUCUUCAAUAAUCAACCACAGCAGCCCAGCAGCAGGGAUCCUAAUAAGAAGUCUCAUCAGCUCCAACUCCAAGAAAACGAGAGCCGAGCGACGGAUCUACAUGGAGAAGUAAUGGCAUGCGGUUAUGAAGAUGUUCAAGUGAUGUGGUCUAUUCUCGACAAGUCCAAAUCCACACCCUUCAAAAUCACCUCUUCUUAAUUUCCUACCUAAUACUUAUGCUAUAUUAAGACAGAUCACAAUCACAUCAUCAUCAUCACCAUCAUCAUCAUCUUCAUACUAGACUCUUCUUAAUUAUAUGGAUCUGGUAUGCAUAAUGGAUGUGUGUGUGUGUGUGUGUAUAUAUAUAUAUAUGUACUACUUUGUAGAUAAUUGGUGGGUUUUUCUUUUAAUUUUGUUUUAGUGUUUGUAAUGUUAGUUAUCUAUAGGGAAUCCCCGUGAUAGAAUUUGAAUCACGGCGAGAUUAUUAUUAUUAUUAUAAAUGAGACUUGAAAAUUCCAUGGUCUUCCUUUUC